CAUUACAGAUACUUGUGUGAAUAUAUGUGAAGUAAUUUGAGUGACAAAUGCUAAAAAAAAAUCAGCUAACUACAAAAAAAAGAGGAGCUCUUUGCAUGAAAACAUCCAUGUGGUUGUUUAGAUUUUCUAUGCAGAUGUGGUUCUGCUUAUUCUGAGAAGAGAGCACAAAACAUCAUCUAUUUGUAUUUCUUUUUCAGCUGCAGUACACAUGAGAUUUUGUGACUGACUGGAGAAUGUCAACAUGCAGUCAGAUGAUCAUCAGAUGAUAAGUAUUUUUCGAUUUGUCUCACAACUGGUGGGGGUGGUGAUGGUGGUGGUUAGGGUUAUGAUUAGGCAAGCAAACCUCCAGGAAAUGAGUGCAAGUCUAUGUAAUGUCCCCAAAAGUAAUGGAAACAUGACUUUGUGUGUGUGUGUAAAGGUCAGGCAGAGUUCAGGAGGCAUUUGAUCCUAAAGCCCAGCAUGGGAUCGGGUACAUGUACUGCAAAAAUGACAUGCGUGUGCUCGCACAUGAUUUUCAUUUGCACUUAAACAUAUUCAGAAAAGGCAAUGCAAGCUUUAAUUGCUGUAAUGGCAUUUCUGAUUACUUCAAAAUAGAAAGCUUAUUUUACUCAAACUCUGCUGAAAUGAGCAGGUCUAAAGUGGAAGAACGAGUCUUACUGUCACUGAGUCAUUAGCUAUUUGCUGAGCAUGCUGGGAUCUUGUUCCACCAGGACUGACAUGUCUGAGAGUCCCUGGAUCUCCUUAACACACCUACUGCUAAAUAAAAUGGAGCAAAGAAGAGUUUCGCUCUAAGGCUUUUCCAGUUUCUAGAAAAAAAAAGUGAAAAAUUUAUUGGAAUAUAUGAAAUACAUAUCAGCUGCCUGUGAUCCAGCGUUCACUAAAAAUUUUCUACCGCAUGUUUUCUGUCACAAAUGAUUUGCUGCUGGAUGUACUGCGUAUGCAGGAAGUUCGACUCAUCCACUUUCUAGGAAGGAUCUCACACUUUUGACGUCUGGCCCUGGUUCCAAAGCAGACUGAGCCAUGGAUUACGUGCUGAACAUUGCUGAUAAUUACAUCUUCACACCAUAUGUUUACCAAGCCUCAUGGCCUGAGGAUGAGGCUCUGCGUCAGAUUAUCAGCCUGUGGGUGUUGACCAUCCUGGGAGCAGAGCUCAUUUACCUGGGUUUUGGUGCUCUUAGCUUCUACUAUGUGUUUGACCAUAAACUCAUGAAGCAUCCACACUUUGUUAAGAACCAGGUAAGAAAAGAGAUUCAACUUGGAACGACCUCCAUCUUCUGGAUGAGCUUCCCCACAGUGGCCCUUUUCUUCUGGGAGGUCAGAGGAUACAGCAAACUUUAUGACAAUAUCAGCAACUCUUUUCUGGGCUGGUUUGGGGUGUUCCAGAGCAUCGCUGGUUUCCUGUUCUUUACUGACAUGUGUAUCUACUGGAUACACCGAUUGAUGCACCAUAAGAGCAUUUACAAGUGCUUACAUAAGCAGCACCACAUAUUUAAGAUCCCUACGCCUUUUGCCAGCCACGCCUUCCACCCACUCGAUGGCUUCCUGCAGAGCUUACCCUAUCACAUCUAUCCUUUCAUCUUCCCCCUCCACAAGGUGGUCUACCUCUCACUCUUUGUCUUUGUCAACAUCUGGACCAUUUCUAUACAUGAUGGAGACUACCGCAUCCCUGGCCCCCUGAUAUGUCUGAUCAAUGGAGCUGCACACCACGUAGAUCAUCACCUCUUCUUCAACUACAACUACGGACAAUACUUCACGCUCUGGGAUCGUCUAGGGGGCUCUUACCGACAUCCCUCGGCCCUGCUGGGGCAGGGGCCACAUGACCACAUUCGCAAGCUCACGGCAGAAGCAGCAAAAACACAGUGAUAAUGGCUUUUUACCCAGUUUAAUCCACUCAGAGUGGUUGUCCACAGAGACACUCAGUCUGGGUCAUGACAGAAGAGACAACUGUCCAUUAAUCCAUCCAUUUUCUUCCACUUUAUCAGGGGUUGGGUCGCGGGGCCAGCAAAGGGAAACCCUGCUGGAAUUAAAGACAACUGCAUUAUGCAAAACCAGCUGUCAGACAUUAGAGACAAGGAAGACACAAUUAAAUGUUUUUUUAUUAUUAUUUUUGUAGAAGAAAUACUGAAAGCUGGACACAGUGAAUAUAAUUCUGGAAAAAUGCUUAAAAGUGCUGAUUAGAGAUAACAUGAAAAUGAAAAUUUGACCAUCUCUUUGGUCAAAACAAAUAAUGUGGACGUGUAUAUGUAUUCAUCUAAAUGCCAGCAUGAUGGUCUGAUUUAUGAUCACAACUUUAUAAAACUAAGCAAGUGAUUUAUGGCAGAAAGUUGACAGAUUUUUUUUAAUUAUCAAAGAAUACUUAUACUUAUGCCUCUGUCCAUCAGAACAUGGAAUUGCAUGCUUUAACUGGUUCAACCUC